AUGGCGGUUCUGUCGCUGCCGUUGGCGUUCACAAAUUCCUUCUGGUCUCAGGACUACCGCAGAGGCCUACAAGUCCUAUAUGGGAAGUUGGAGCAGGGUGUCGCAGAAAAUGACGAGAUAGUCACGUUCAUUCGGGCCCGUGCGGUCGCGGAGAGCUACCUUGCCUCAAGUCUCAUAAACCCAGGAUUGACUGGGAGAGCAGGAACUGGCUUCAGUGCUGACGAUGGCGCUUCACUCCUAAUGGCAUUCCGAGGUCUGCAGGCAGAGUCGACAGCUCAAGGUCAAGCCCACAAUACAAUAGCAAAAGAACUCAACACUCUCGUUGCCGACCCGUUCAAUGAAUGGGCCCAAUCAUAUAAGGAGCGCCUGAAGCAAAACAAGGCUACCGUCGUCGACAACUGGCUUCGUUCGUACGAACAAGGGCAAGCAGAAGUGGCGAAGUUGAAAAAUCAGUAUUUGUCGAAGGUUCGCAAGGCAGAUGAAGCUGAAGACGACGCCAAAUUUGCUCCAAACAGCCUCGGCCCCGUCGACAAGUACACCAGUUCUCCUCGCAUCCGACCAGUGGACAGCCAUCGUUCGCCACCAGCGCGGACGGCUAGCGUGUCCGAGCGAAUUGCUCAGCGGUUGAAGGAGAUACAGAAGAAGAGUGUCGACGCCCUCGCGCAGGCUACCUCUACCGAAGACCCCAAUGCUUCUCCGUCUCCCGUCUCCUUGGACGAGAAGCCGCUUCCCAAAGUUGACAAGGGCAAAGGCAAGGAGGUCAUCACGGAGGAACCAGCAGAGAUGGCCUCUCCUCCCCCUAUGUCUCCCAUCCCGCCUCCUAAGGAGCUGCCUACUUCCCCCACUGCCCCUCAAACCAUCAUACUUGCAGGUUUGGCCAUUCCUGCUGCCUCGGUUUCUCAGCUUCUUUCACGUGCUGCUGCUGAGCUUCCUCUUCGCCCUGUCCGCUUCCCACUCCUUGGCGAAUACCAGGAUGCCUUCACCGGCGACGAGUUCGCUACUUGGCUAAAGGACAACGUUCCCGCCUUCGAGGGCAGCUUGGACCUUGCAGAAGACGCUGCUCGAGAUUUGACCGAGAAGGAAAACUUGCUGCGUCGCUUGGGCGAGCUUGGUAACCUGUUUGAAGAUUCAGAUGAGGCAUUUUACCAAUUUAGACCCAAGGCGUUUGAGUUGGGCACAGAGGCACCUAAAGGCCAAGAGAACUUGUUGAAGAAAACCGGCAACUUUGUCAGCCUCGUCAGCAAAGCAUUGAACAACUCGGGAAACAGCUCUGAGCCCGCUCACAUUCGUGCCCGACAAGAAGCCGACGAAGCGGACCGAACAUACCGUGUUGCUGUUCGGCGCCUCGAUAGGCAUAGGCUCGGUCUCGAGGAGCGCAUUGAGGACACCUUGAAGGUUUUGCAGCACUGGGAGAGCGAGCGCUUGCGGGCGGUCAAGACUGUUCUAUUACAGUACCAAGGAACCCUUGCGAAUCUGCCUAAGUCUCUUGAGCCUUCAAUCGAGCGUUCAGCAACCCUUGUCGCUUCAUAUCAACCCGAGUCUGACCUGACCGCUCUUAUUGAGAGGUACCGCACCGGUCCCUUCCGGCCCGAUCCUCAGGUCUACGAGUCGGUAGCCCACGACGAGAUCGACGUCGUCUUCGGCAUCGACCUUCGCAAGUGGGCCGAAGGCGGAUGGUAUGCCAUGACCCAGGGCGAGGAGAAGAAGGACCUCGUCCCUCCCGUGCUCACUGCCCUGCUUUCCGGGCUCGAUACCGCAUAUGAGAGGGCUCCCAACGACCUCGAGAAGCGCAAGGCGUGGAUCUACGAUGUGCCACUUCCGGCUGUGCAUCAUCUGCGCGAGACCCUCAACGCUGUACAGCCGGACCAACCUUUCAGCCCAGAGCUGUUCGCCAAGUUCGACGCGCCAAUCAUUGCUAGCUGUGUCAAACUUUGGAUACUCGAGCUCAACCCUCCUCUCGCACUUUAUGAGGGAUGGGAUGACUUCAGGAGACUGUACCCUACUGUGGGUGCUGUUCCGAAGACAGGAGAUGAUUUGGAGGCGGAGCACUUGCAGGCUGUUGGUGCAGCUUUGCAGAGGCUGCCUCGGGUUCAUCUUUACGUUCUUGAUACCAUUCUGAAGCACUUGAAAAACCUUGUCGAAUCUACCCAAGUUGACGAGUCUGAUGAAGUCUACUUCACCAAGCUCGCUCUUUCCAUGGGCAGAACUGUCCUCAGGCCCAAGGUUGAGUCAGAAAUCUCAAUCCAAGACCGUCAUCCUACGUCUCUCUUCAUCGACCUGCUCAAGCACUACGAUGCGCUACUGCCACCAACGAUUGCCAGGAAGAAGCGUGAAUCGGAACGCAAAGUACCCAUCCGGAAACGUACUGCUCCCAUCGAUAUGCGUUUGAGCAGAAGCAGGAUUUCUGUCGGAGCUGAUGCAGCGCAAUUGCUUGUCGCCCAGCAACGUGCCCAAAAUCCGUCUCUAGGUCACAGAUCGACGAAGUCGACGUCUUCACCUGAAAUACCACCUCCCCCGCCUCCAGCGGCCGUCGCUCCUCCUGCCCAGGCUGCGCCAGCUGCCCCACCUGCCUUGGUGCCGCCUCCUCCGCCUAUUCUCGAGAAGUCGGCAACUCCACCGCCGCCAUCGGCGGCAACAGUUGUGCCACCCCCUCCGCCGCCACCUGUUGUCUCGCCUCAGAACGGUGCACCUCCUCGACCUCAGUUCAAAGAGCCUGCUCCGGAGUUUGACGACCUUCCACCAAGACCUUCGUUCAAGGAACCUCCACUGGAGGUCGAUGACCUGUCUCCCAGACCAAACUUCGCAGACCUUCCCGCUGAGGAGCCCGAGAUUCCAUCCCCGCCUCCGGCAACAGUGGCUCUGGUCACGCCUCCACCGCCUCCCACAACGACUGUGAUUCCGCCCACUCCUCAAAAGAAAGGCAAUGGUAGUGGACGUGGAGCUUCGACACCCAGUAGGAUCGCUUCGCGUAGCCCAUCACCCCCAUCUGUGGAUCCAGACGUUGUCCUCGGUACUGGCCGGUCGUCAAUAACCCGCACGGGCUCAGCCCAGUCGAGCAUCACCCGGGGCCCAAGGAUAGUGCGUGGGCCUCGUGGAACGUCAAGCGGUAACGUCAGUUCGCUCGUUCAAAACAUCAAUAGGAACAGCGUGUCCGCAACGAGCCCAACAUCUAGCACGCCUGUGAGUCCAAAGUCGAACCGAUUCUCGGGCAGCGCAAGUCCGGUGAGGAGACCAUCCAGCAUCGUCGGCAGGUCCGCAGCAGCUUUCUCCAGAAGAACGAUGGCAAGCGACGCCGAGGAUGAUGUCGUCGAUCGAAAGUGA